UGCUUUAGAUCAGAUUCAAAACUGAGCCAAACAACUUGUUUCUUCAGUACUCAAAUACAUAUACAUGGCUAUUAAAGACUUAGCAGCUCCUCAUAAAAAUGUGGCUGUGAUCUUCGGAUCAACCGGGCUGGUAGGCAGGGAAUUAGCCAGGAGGCUCCUGUCCAGGGGUGGCUGGAAGGUCUACGGUGUGGCCCGGAAGGCUGAUACCACCAACAUCAAAGACUCAAACUAUCAGUUCAUCAGCUGUGACCUUCUUCAGCCUGCAGAAACUCGUAAAAAGCUGUCCUGGUUACAUGAUGUGACUCAUAUUUUCUGGAUCACUUGGGCCAGUGAGUUCCCUUUAGACAGCAGAGAGUGCUGUGAACAAAACAAGGCCAUGAUGUCGAAUGCACUGAAUGCGCUACUUCCAACAGCCAAGGGACUCAGGCAUUUCUCUCUACAGACUGGCGUGAAGCAUUAUAUAUCGUUGCAAGGGCCUUUUGAUGGCAACGAGGUUCGUUACUACCACGAAGAGUGUCCGAGGUUGAGUACAGAGAAUAAUUUUUACUACACACUGGAGGACUUGCUCAAGGAGAGACUAGGAGGUAAAGUUGCCUGGUCAGUUCACAGACCAGGCCUAAUACUGGGGAAUUCACAGAGGGCAUUGUAUAACUUUAUGGGCAGUUUGUGUGUUUAUGGAACAAUCUGUAAGCAUUUGAAUCUUCCUUUUAUGUUUGGGGGUUCACGCGAGUGCUGGGAAGAGAUGUGCAUUGAUGGCUCAGAUGUUCGGUUAGUGGCUGAACAACAGAUAUGGUCCGCGACAAAUGAUGCAUUACUGUCAACGGAUGGCCAUGCGUUUAAUGCCAUUAAUGGACCUCGCUUCACGUGGAAGCAAAUCUGGAGAAAAAUCGGGCUCAAGUUGGGAGCAGUGGUGCCAGAAGACAUGUUCUCAGAGGAUUUCAUGUUCUCCAAAUUCAUGGCUGACAAGGGAUCAGUCUGGAAGGAAAUAGUUGCCAAGGAGGGAUUGGUUGGGACGGAGAUGGAGGAUUUGGCCAACUUCCAGUUCCUCGAUCAUCUGUUUCGGUGCCCUGCCAAGAUGCUCGCCACGCGAGACAAGGCCGACAGGCUUGGCCUCACGGCCAUGUAUGAAACCCUGGAUUCAAUACUCUACUGGGUAGAUGAUAUGAGAAAAGACAAAUUAAUUCCCUAAAAAUAAAUAUUUAUCUCAAAGAGAAUGUGGUGUACCAUAAAGUCAUAAACUAGUUCUAGCUGUAACAUAAAAAGGAAAAAGUUAAAUAUGAGUAAUAUAUAGUAUUUUUUGUA